AUGGCUUCACCCAUAUUUCUUUCGCAGCCAUCACCAAGCCUUUCUCCAUCAGGUAUUCUUCGAGGGGUGCAACUCGGAUUUCUUGGUAUUUAUAGAGCCCUUCAAAAUAAAAAUUUGGGACUAUUCAGAAGAGGCUCAAGAGGUAUUAAACAUAAUGAUAUAUAUAUUAUUAUGAAAGAUAUCUUAAGCAUUGAAAUAGUGAGAUGGAUCAUCGAGCUUGUCCUAAAGAUAGUUUCAUUGACUUUAUAUAAGUAUACAGGGUAUGAUUAUAAUGAGUCUUUUCAAUUCUUUCAAAAAAGAGUCGUUAAUGUCAACUUAGCACUGGUAACAUUCGCUAAAUUACUUCGUCCAGGCUUUAGUGACCAUUUUUUACUUGCAUCACUCCAUUACUUUGAUAGUACAACAACACCACCAACUACUUAUUACCAGAAUCUCAUGGAUUUAGACACUCUGAAAUAUACUACAAGUGAAGAACAUAAUUUCUAUUCGACGUAUACGGUACGUAUUUUGUACAAGUAUGGUUUGGUAACAAAAAAUAGUAUUUCCGGAACAGGUCUUAAUUACAUUAAUAGAUACUCUAGUUUGGUGAUAUAUAAUUGCAUAAUUUACAUGAUUUCAUGUAUACCACAGAAAUAUUCAAGUUUCUGCAUAUCACUAUUAUUAUUUCAAAACUUCAUCAAUAUUUCUGGGGUAACAAUUGCCAUUUUAUUAGCAUUGGCAUUUCUGAACCUCCCCACAAGUUAUAGCAUUACAGUGAUAAUGAGUUUCAACGAAUGUCGAUUUCUCAUGUACGAAUUGUUAACACCCUACUUUGAUAGAAUUAGGUUCACUAAGCUAGAACGUGAACAAUGGGUCAAAAAUAGAGAAGGGAUUCUCUUUGGAUUUGCAAUUUGCUUCGAUCUUUUAAUGCAUCACAUGUCUUACGGGGGAUUGUUUGUAUUAAGAUUGUCCGAACUCAGUCUUGCAUACCUUAUCAUUAAACUUUCUGAUCCUCCACCAACGAGCCAAAGUCAACUUAUUAACUGGACGACUUCCCAAAUCAUUUGGAACAAAGAGAAGGAAUCACACGUAUUAACCGGAGAUUUUGUAAAUGAUGAAGGAUUCGCUUCAAUUCCAGGAUCAUAUAUCCUAAUUUGA